CAGUCUGUGCCGCGCCAGGGAACCGGCUGGACCGCACUCUGGCUGCCUCGCUCGCCCCGGCACCUUCUACAUGUGCGCUGCCUUCCGCUCGCGACUCCUCGGACUGCUCUCUUUCGGAGGCUGCUGCUGCCUCUGAGGCCUUUCUGCGAGAGCCGGUCGGAGAUUUGCCUUUUUACUCCUGUCUCCCCCAAUUUUUCUCUGGCGGAUUUAGGUUUAUUAUAACCCCCUUUUUGGUGUGUUUUCCCUCCCCCUCUCCCUCCCUCCCGUUUCGUUUCGAGUUGCUUGCCUUUCAUGUAUGGUUUUGCUUCUUUUUUUUUAACGGCUGUGCGAAAAUAUCGGGAAGAUCGUUGGUGAAAAUCGGAAGUCCUCUACACGUUUUACUCGACUGAUUAAUAAGACUUCAAGAGUUACCAACACAAGAGCCGACUACAUGCUGAAUAAUCACUGAAAUCCCUGGUCGCAGAAGACGUGAACAACUCUCUGCGGAAGAACACAGACAACGUGUUCCAUUAUGACGUCAUCGUGUGGGUUACGCCCCUUGUCUCUCCUGGCGAUACUCUUGGUCGCAGAUUUCACCAGUUCCGCGCCUACAAAUGGACACUUAAAGCCUGGCGCUCACGGCCGCUCUCCCUCUCGACCGAGUUGGCACUUGCUGCUGGCACUCUGGCGACCCAAGGGAGAAGGGGUGACGACCGGGGACACGCAUCCCACCGGCGAGGUCCUGCUCACGCCCACUCAACCUCUGCCGGCAAAGGAGGCGCAGCCCACGCGGACGGUUCCUCCCGCCAGAGGAGUCCUGCCGACGAGAGUGGUUCUUCCCGCUAGAGAUGUGAUUCGGGAGAGAAUAGUCCUCCCGACUCGUGAGGACCUACCCGAUGAGAGGGUCCUGCCGGUGAUGGAGCCUUUGCUCCCCCGGGGCGUUGCACCUGUCGGGACCGGGGAUUCCAGCGAGGGCAGCGAACCCCUGACAGAGCUACAGCUUGCGAGCACUUCCUACGCACACACACCCGAGCCCCCGCUGCACCCAGACUUUCAGAACCACGGUGAUUCAUUCCCGCAUUUCGAAACUGAAGCCCUUCCUUCUCAUCCUGUGAGCGAGGCGGCGGGAAUCCCCGAGCACUUCCCGACCCAAGACAAACAAGAGGAGGACUUUCCUAUUGCUUCCCCUGUCACGGAGCGCGCGGAAACCGUGACCACCACCACCAGGAAAUUGUAUCUCCCGUUCACAGUCAGAACGUCUGUCCGAGAGGAACACGGGGACGGCCUCAUGGAAAGUUUCGGCUCAUCCAGAGGAGACUUGACCAGUAACGUUGUUGUAUCAACAACAAUAUCGAACCACCAGUCUGUUCCUAUCACGUUGCAGAGUUCCUCGAGAACGGUCGUGAGAACAAGCCAGAACAUCCCCAGCCUCACCACCGCGUACACGACGGCGACGUCUCCACUGACCAUGCACACGACGACGACGGAUCAAGUGAUCACCAUGGGCAGCCCUGUGUAUAUGCACGGAACGCCUGGAGUCGAAGCCUCCCUCGGGACUCCGGUGUCGGUCUCGCCGACGAGAACAAGGAAAACCAAUAUGUUGAACCACAGGGCAGGGCUGCUUCCUGCCGGCCACCCUACGUCGCAGGAAGUAGAUGGGUCACGGGGCGAGGGAGCGAAGGGCCGUCAUGGCAACAAAGGAAGCAAGGUCUUGGAACUUGAGGGUCCAGUUGUCAUGGAAACCCUAGAUGGGUCUUCUCUUGUCCCGCUUGUCGGAAGAUCAAAGGAAGUUCUGACUCUGAAGGGAGAUGGAAAAGCCAUUUUGGCGAUAUUACAGGUCGCUCAGGGAUCCAACACGCUGGAGGAUCCCUUCCAUGUCACGUCAGUCAUUAGAAAACACGACCAACCUCUCCCUACGGACGGAAACACCAGUGAAACUUCACCUUCAGGUCUUUUGGAUCAGCAAACAACACAUCAAGAUCCUUUAAGAAACAAGAAUCUCGAAACCGAUUAUUUAGAUCAUCCCAAGCCGCUUAUCAUUCCAGACAAUCCUCAGAUUAGCGGAUUAUCGAACUUACUCGACAAAGAGUCUAAAUCAGACGACAGCCAAAAGUCCCUAAAUGCGUUAGAUGUUCACGAGAAAGCUCACCUGCUCCUCACCGUCCCGAAGAAGGCGGCCCCCUCUCCCGCAGCGCUUACGACCACUGCCAAGCCCAUUUACGAGGAGAUCUCAGACACGCUUCAAGUAGACAGUAGCAUUGACGAUGUCGAAGACUUUGACAUUCUCAUUAAACAUACAGAAAACACCGACGAAUUCUUAUCCCAGACGAACCAGUCCCACACGAAUCUAAUCGACGCAGAACUCCACAACGGCCACGAGAUUUCUGCUUCAACAGACCCAACAGCAGGGACCACACUCUCCGCCGGCGAGGCCUCCUCCACUCCGCCCGCGCCCGAGCACCCGGCGACGACAGCCACCGCUCAGCCGCUGACGCUUGAUGACCCUGAGACGACCACCAGCCGCCUCCUCACGACGUCUCCUCCUGAGGAAGAUGAGGAGGAGGAGCUCGAGAGGGAGAGCCACACCGAGGACUGGUCUGUGUUUGUAGCCAACGUGUCCUCACUCAGCAACAAGAGUCUGGCCCUAAACGAGUCCGUGUUCCAGCCUCGCUCCGAGAUGAGCAUUGAAGAUCACCACAAGAUUGUUCUGAAGGAAAGAGGUAGUCUGAUGCUGCAGUUGAUGGACCCCUCGGCCGACCCCUGCAGCGACUUCUACCAGUUCGCCUGCGGGAAGUGGAAUGGGAAGUUUCCUAUUAGGCAGGAUAAGGCGGUCGACAACACCUUUGAGCGCCUGAAGGAGGACCUGGAUGACGUACUGAGGUCCCUGCUGGAGGAACCGCCGUCAGAGAACGACAACAACAUCACGAAGGCUGUCAAGACGUUGUACUCCGGCUGCAUGAAAAUCGAGAGGAUCGAGACCCUAGGAGCCGCGCCGCUGCUGGAACUCCUGGAGGAGCUGGGCGGGUGGCCCGUGUUGCUGGGCGACGCCUGGAAUGGGACCGACUACGACUGGGUGAGGCAGAUGGCUCAGCUGAGGAACUACAACAACGACAUCUUGAUCUCAGAGUGGGUCGCCGCUGACAUCACUAACUCUUCGAAUCACAUCAUUCAGCUGGACCAGCCCAUGCUAGGCCUCCCGGGCAGAGAGUACUUCAUCAACCCCGGCGACUUCCAGUACCGCGAAGCAUACCUCAACCUCAUGCUCAGCGUCACCGAAAUCCUGGGAGCCUCCGUUGACGUCGCCCUCAGGGACAUGACGGAGGUCCUGCACUUCGAGAAGCAGCUGUCGAGGAUUCUCACGGCGGCGGAGGAGCGAAGGAACAUGUCGGCCAUUCACCGCAAAAUGACGCUGGAGGAACUCAAUAACGAAGUCCCGGGGAUCAGCUGGCAGGACUACAUCGACGCCAUCGGCUGGAGCAACAACCACACGGACGAAAUCGUGGUGUUCGGCCUCGACUACUUCAAGAAACUCGUCCCGCUCCUCAAUGAUACGGACAGCAGAGAGGAUCGAGACCCUAGAGCCGCGCCGCUGCUGGAACUCCUGGAGGAGCUGGGCGGGUGGCCCGGUUGCUGGGCGACGCCUGGAAUGGGACGACUACGACUGGGUGAGGCAGAUGGCUCAGCUGAGGAACUACAACAACGACAUCUUGAUCUCAGACUGGACCAGCCCAUGCUAGGCCUCCCGGGCAGAGAGUACUUCAUCAACCCCGGCGACUUCCAGUACCGCGAAGCAUACCUCAACCUCAUGCUCAGCGUCACCGAAAUCCUGGGAGCCUCCGUUGACGUCGCCUCAGGGAUAGGACGGAGGUCCUGCACUUCGGGAAGCAGCUGUCGAGGGUGGCGGUCGUGCGUAGAGUACGUCACAGGCAACCUUGGUUACGUGGUCGGCGCCAUGUUCGUCCGCCGGUAUUUCCCUGAAGCUAGUAAGCAUGACACGGAUGAGAUGAUUUCCCUUAUCCGAUUCUCCUUCAAAACGGCGGUAAAGGAUGCCUUGUGGAUGGAUCCGGACACGCGCAGUGUUGCCAUGGAAAAAGUGGACACGAUCGUCAAGAACGUUGGCUACCCUGAGUACCUCAUGAACGAUACUUACAUGGAUCAAGUUUAUUCAGAGCUGAGCUUUAGUCCUGACGAACACUUCAAGAACGUCCUGAAGAUGUUGCAGUUCCACGCCCGCACCAACCACAACCUCCUCGCCGCCCCCGUCAACCGGACAGCUUGGGUGACGACGCCGGCUGUGGUGAACGCCUAUUACAGCCGUUCCAAGAAUAUGAUCGUGUUCCCCGCGGGCAUCCUGCAGCCGCCCUUCUACCACCCUGCCUUCCCUAAGUCCCUUAACUACGGGGGCAUCGGCGUUGUCAUCGGCCACGAGAUCACGCACGGCUUCGACGAUCGCGGCCGCCAGUUCGACAAGGACGGGAAUCUAAACCAGUGGUGGAAGCCCGAAGACGUGUCCAAGUUCUACCAGAGGGCUUCGUGUAUGUUGGACCAAUACGGGGAGUACAAAGUGGACGAAGUUGGCCUCAACAUCAACCCCGUCAACACCCUCGGCGAAAACAUAGCAGACAACGCCGGGAUCAAAAUUGCUUACCAGGCCUACAAGAAGUGGGCUGAGAAGAACGAGGAGCAGGUGACGGUGCCCUACGUCAACCUCACGCACGACCAGCUCUUCUUCCUCAACUUCGGCCAGAUCUGGUGCGAGAACAACAGACCCGAGGCGAUGCUCACGAAGAUCCGGAGCGGCCAGCAUUCGCCCAACAAGUUCAGAGUGAUAGGAACGCUUUCCAACUCGGAGGACUUCAGCAGAGCCUACAACUGCCCCGUUGGGUCCCGGAUGAACCCCGAGAGGAAGUGCAAAGUGUGGUGAGCUUGAAGCGCCAUGAAGAAGAAAAAACAAACAAACUAGAGAAGAGAAAGAAUAUAUAUAUAUAUAUACUACCAGACUACUUUGCAACGAGAGAGUGCAAGCGAUUUGAGCGGCAGAGCAGAGAUUCUUUAGCAUUGCGUUGCUUGGCUGUGGUCGGCGGAGCAGCUAAGGGCGUGUCGUUGGUAAGGUGGGAAGAGGCCUCGAAUGCGCAGGAAGCGUUUGUAUACGGACGCCUAUACCGACACCCAUGAUACAACACGCAAAGAUACAUAUUCACGCAACCCAUAGACAUAGAUCCACAUAAACACAUACAGAAACAGACACGAGUAUACUGCAUACGGGAAAUAAAACUUUGAUAAAUUGACAAGAGAGGCAAGCGGAUUGAGAGUAAUAGAAUAGAAGGAAUAGAUGGAAGAAAAGGCAGUGAUUAAGGAGCAAUGUCACCCUUACGUGGCCAGGGUGAGCGAUAAUGGCUGCAAAGUGCAUUUAUUUAUCUUUCUAUUUUUUAUAAUCUGUUGGUCAAAACCAACUUUCUUUUCUUGUAAUUUAGAUAAAAUACAAAUGCUCUUUUCAUAUAAUCGAUUUGAAUAGAAAUAUAUCAUAUAGAGUUAAUAUAUAAAUCUGUUGUUGUCUGUAUGUUUGUUCACUCUGUGAGAUCAAUUUUACCCUUUAUAGUAAAUACAAAUGUUGAUAUUUCUAAAAAAAAGAGUACCUGCUAUGUGUCGUAGAUCCAAAGACCGUUAAGUUAUAGUUGAGGUUGAAGUAUAGAUAUAACACGUUCUUUAGAAUGUGUCAUUCUGUUAUUGAUACAUAGAAGUUUGGAAUAAUACAAGUCAACAUGGAAGUUUCUAACGAUAUAUAGGACACACGCACACACACACACACACACACACACACGCACACACACACACAC